AUGAAAGAGAUGUUGCUGGCUCUCGUGCUUCUCCAAACGAUGCUGACGAUCUCCUCAUCGAGCCGCAACAUCGCCGCUCCAGAUCACACCAUCGGCUCGGGAAUCAUCAUGGUCGGCUCGCCGGAUCUCGGAGACUAUGGCCAGUUCCUCGUCUCUCCAGGCAAAUUCAUCAACAGGAUCAUGGUCUGGCGAGCAAAGUCUUGCAUAAAAUCGAUAGCUCUCUGGUCGAUCGAUGGCUCCUUCAUUCAAGUGGGAAGAUCGAAGGAACGAGGACCGUUGCCGGUCCAGGAGUUUGAGUUCCAGCGUGGCGAGACCAUCGUCUACCUCAUGAUGCACAGCAAUCGUCAAAACGACUGGGGGAAUAGACUGGGCUGGAUAGAGUUUCGAACAAACUUCAACCGAUUCUUCUCUUGCGGAAAUCUCCCGGGAGGCCUCACGCAGCAAAUCACUCCUCCAGUCCACUCGGGCGUGAUCGUCGGGGCCGCGUUUACAACAGGAGGAACUGGUGGAGACACCCACGACGUCAACUCUUUCGCCAUCUUCUUCCUCAAGAACUGGAGCGCUGCCCAGCUCCAAGACGUGAUCUACGCCAGCCCAGGAUAUCUCGAAACCAUCCUCGAGACCCCAGAUCCUCCAUCGCGGCUUGAGAGGGAGGUGACUAUCGAGUCAACGUGGACCGUGGACUCCCUCGGCGUUGACGAUUUCAUAUGGACGACCACGCACACUCGUAUUCCAACGGUGAGGAUGUCCUCGCUUGACGGGAUCCCGUACUGGACUUGGACGGACACGAUUACGUCCUCGCUCCAGGAUCGAAAGAGCACGACCUUGGUCUGGACGAGAGGAUGGGAUAUUUGCAUGGGCCCAAUCUCCUUGUAUCUGGGAAGAGGUAUCACACUCACUAACUUCACUGGUUCUAUGGUUAUAAGCUUUAGCGAUGGCGAUUCUUUCGUUUAUCCGACUAGUGGUCGCUAUUCCGGCCAGCAGUUCUCGGGCUUUGGCUCAGUGUGCGCCGUGGAUGCAGAAAGCCAUGGAUAG